CUGUCGAAUCACUCUGCUCCUGUAAUAAACUUUGGAAGGCACAAGUUACUCAACGUUGCUUCUACUUUAAGUUGAAGAAGUGUCGUAAAGGCGUCCGAUGAUCUGGAGCAACAAUUUCCCUCCCGAUAUGUUUCCAACACUGAGUGUCCUUUGCGCUCUUUUGAUACUGUGCUUCCCGUGUACAGAUUCAAAGAAUGACCGAAACCCUUGUCCCGCCACACCUAACUGCCAACAGAAUGGUGUUGUUGUUUGUGAGGGAUGUGGACUCCCAACAUCUUUGGCGUGUCUUUAUGGCAGUAAUGGAUGCGACCUCCAUAGUGGCCAGAGAACUGAUUGUUUGAAUGGGGGCACAAAACAGACCUGUGCGUGCAAACCAGGCUAUAUGGGAGACAUCUGUCAACAUGACAUCCGCACAUGUCAUGACAUCUACAAUGUUGCACCGGGCACAGCUAGCGGCGAGUAUACUCUCAGGACUAACAAUGGCAGUACCAUCAGAGUUUGGUGCCGCUUCAGCAGCAGUGACAUUAUCACCUACUUUUCCAAAUCCGCUGCAGCCACAUUGACAACAGAGGAUUUAAGUCUCCACUUAAACACUAAGUCCAAAGUCAGCUUUGUUGCAAAGUGGAGCAACACGACACAAUCCGAAUCCACAAUCUCUCAGCUUGAUAGGUUUUUAUUCCUACCUCUUGGCAUCAUGGUCAAUGAAUAUACACUCUACACAAGCCCACACAACCCGAAUCUAGGUCCCUAUCUAUACCUGGGUUUUCAUCCCAAAGUCCUCCUUUCGAAAGGUUUCGUGCAUGGAUACAACGCAAAUGGAGUUGACCAGUCAUUCAGUAAUUGUGACGGAAACCCCAAUGCCUAUUUCACCUUCUAUACGAAUCCCAAUCAGCGUUCGCCUUCAAGGACAGGAUGGGUGAACCCUCAUCAUCCUUUGACGGAUCAGUGGAAUUCGGGUGCCAAAAUGUUAAGUACAACUGACCAUCUCAACGACGACUACUUCUACGACACGGAACUACACUUCGGGGGAUGUGGUACUUACGCCAUCUCUCCUAGUAAUCCAAGUCUCGGCGGUAUAGGUCUCGGGGUCGUAUAUGUUCACGGCUAAACACAAAGGCCCUACCCUUGGACUUUGGAAUUUAACGUUGUUGUCAAAUGCCUGCAACAACAGCAAGAAGGAGCGCCAUAGACCACGUGAUGAUUAUGCCUGUACACCUAUAACGUUAAUAAAUAGUAUGAAUUCAAA